AUGUCGCCCAUUGCCACUGCAGACCUCGAGGCACCGCCCACCAACGGCCAUAUUCCCACCGACUCGGAGACCAGAUGUCGCCGAGCACCAAUUCAUGCCAACAGACACAUGCGGGUGGUCUGCAUCGGGGCGGGCGCCUCGGGAAUCUACAUGGCCUACAAGCUGAACCACUCAUUUACCGACUUCUCCCUCGACGUCUACGAGAAAAACUCCGACAUCUCGGGCACAUGGUACGAGAACCGCUACCCCGGAUGUGCCUGCGACGUCCCCGCUCAUAACUACACCUAUUCCUUCGAGCCAAAGUCGGACUGGUCGGCGAACUAUGCCACUUCCAAAGAGAUCUUUAAGUACUUUGCGGAUUUUGUCGACAAGUACGACCUGCGGAAAUACAUCACCUGCAACCAUGAAGUCGUCGGGGCGCACUGGGAUCGGGACAACAAUGAAUGGGUGGUCCGAGUCCGACGACCAAGCAAGAAUGUUUUCGAACAGCGGUGUGACUUUCUGAUCAACGCUGCUGGCAUUCUGAACCAUUGGCGAUGGCCAGCAAUCCCAGGUCUUCACUCUUUCCAGGGUGACCUCGUGCAUAGCGCUGCUUGGGAUGAGAAGCUGGACGUGGCUGGAAAGCAUGUUGGCCUGAUUGGGAACGGCUCCUCGGGCAUACAGAUUCUACCCAAGAUGCAAGAGCAAGCCCGUCAUGUAACCACGUUUAUCAGGGAGCCUACCUGGGUAAGCCCCGUUAGAGGUAUGGAGUAUCAUGAAUACAGCGACGAAGAGAAAGAAAUGUUUCGCCUCAAGCCCGAGCUCUGGCUGGAAAUGCGGAAAAAGGCCGAAAAAGCAAUGGCUUUGGUCUUCCCAUUGAUGCUCAAAGGAUCUGCCAGUCAGGAAGCAGCAGCAGCGUACAUGAAGAGCCAGAUGGUACAGAAAAUCAACAACGACGAGCUGGCACAGAAACUCAUCCCAGAUUUCGCUGUGGGCUGUCGACGGCUGACGCCAGGGAUCAACUACCUGGAGAACCUGACAGCGAAGAAUGUCACCGCUCUGUAUGGAGAAAUUACGGCCAUCACUCCCACCGGCUGUGUGACCGAAGACGGCAAGGAGCACGAACUGGACGUUCUGAUCUGCGCCACCGGGUUCGACACCACUUUCAAACCACGGUUCCCCUUGAUCGGACGAACCGGCAAAGAUCUGGCAAAAGAAUGGGAAAUCGAACCGCGCAGCUAUCUCGGGAUGGCGGCCGCCGGGUACCCGAACUACUUCAUGUACCUGGGUCCAAACUGUCCCAUUGGCAACGGGCCCAUCAUCUUCUCGAUCGAGAUCCAGGGUGAAUACAUUGCCCACUUCAUGAACCGGUGGCAGAAGGAGGACAUCCUGACGUUUGACCCCAAGCCCGAAGCGGUGGAUGAUUUCAUCCACCAAAAGGACCUGUUCAUGCAGGAGACGGUGUGGAACAGCAACUGUCUCUCAUGGUACAAAAACCCACACACGGGCAAGAUCACGGCCCUCUGGCCCGGAAGCACGCUGCACUAUAUGGAGACCCUGGCCAACCCGCGAUACGAUGACUACAACGUCGAAUACCGUGGUCGGCGAUUCGCGUAUCUGGGCAUGGGUUUCUCCCAGGCGGAGCUGGACCCAGACGUCGAUGUGACGUACUAUAUCCGCAACAAAGACGACGACGCUCCCUUGUGCCGACCGCUGUUCAGCACACGGAACGCCAAGGACAUCACUCCUCGAAUGACCACAUUGGCCGAGGCUGGGCUGUAA